AUGAAAAUUUCAUUCAUACUUCUUUUAGUUCUUGGAUUAGCUUACUUGUUUAUUUUAGAAGAUGUGGGCAAUUUUAUCUCACUUAAUCUUGACAAAUUCAAGCAAGAACUCUUGGAAUAGAAACACGCUCGUGAGGAAAAAUAAGAUACCACAAGAAACCCAUCUUGGAUAUUGAGAACACCCACAGAUUUAUUGCUGGAGUAAUAGAGAGAUAAAUUCACUGAUGAUGAAAAACAAUAUAUCAAGGAAUAGAUAGCAAUGUUUGAAACUAUAUCAAACCAGACUCUAAACGAGGGAUUAUUUAAUAAAAUAGACGCACAAAUGUUAGUGCAAGAUAAUUUCUACAAGAGAUUAGUUUAUGAUGCCAUUUAAAAGAGGAAUAGUAAUUAGGCAUGA